GUGAGGUGGUGACAGCGUCGUGCGGCCCCGCCGACUCCGAACCGUUCGUGGAGCCCUGCCUGUCGGGCUAGUCUUCACCAGCUCUGGGUCUGCCGCCAUGGCGCCGGGCUAAACUUCCCGCGGGGUGGAGAAGGUGCAGCGGCCGCAGAUGGAGGGAGCCGCGGAGCCGAGCCCGGAGGCGGAGCUGGGCCCCGAGGCGGUGUGGCGCUUCCUCGCGGAGCGCGGGGGCCGGGCCCAGCACGCCGAGCUGGUGCAGCACUUCCGAGGCUCCUUGGGCGGCCAGCCGGAGCAGCGCGCCCGCGCCCGCGCCCGCUUCAAGGAGCUGGUGAACGCGGUGGCCACCGUGCGCACCGACCCUGCGGACGGCGCCAAGUACGUGUAUCUCAAGAAAAGGUUCUGCACGGGGACCCCUCAGCCCGAAGCCGCGGGGCUCGGGGACCCGCCCCGAAUCGAGGUGACGGCCGAGGCCCCGGAACCCCCUGCCGAGCCCGGGGAAGGCGCUCCUUGUCCCGCGGCAGCCGACCCCGAGGCGGCGGGCCCCGAGGCGCCCCCUGGACCCGGCCGAGAGCCGAACGAUGGAGAACCUUCCCCGGGCGGAGAGGACUCAGGUCGCGAAGUCCAGGCCCCGGCCCCCGGGCCUCACGAGGACCCGGAGCCCCCGCCCCACCACGACCCGGAGGCGGAGGGAGGCAGCUUUCCCGGUGGGCUCACCACCUCGAGAUCGAUUCGCCAGAACUUCCGGGACUUGGUGAUGGGGCACUCCCCUCAGCUGAAGAGGAGCGGGUGUCCUGGGGGCAUCAGCCAGGGCAUGGGCGUCUCCGGGGGAGGACGCAGCAGAGGCGGGGGAGACUCGGAUAGCGCCUCGGUGGCCUCCUCGUCCGCCGAGGAGGAGAGCACCGGCGGAGGCUCGGUGACCCUGGAUCCGCUGGAGCACGCCUGGAUGCUUUCGGCCUCGGACGGCAAGUGGGACAGCCUAGAAGGGCUGCUCACCUGUGAACCCGGCCUGCUGGCGAAGCGAGACUUCAUCACCGGCUUCACCUGCCUUCACUGGGCCGCCAAGCACGGCAAGCAGGAGCUCCUAGCCAUGCUGGUCAACUUCGCCAACAAACACCAGCUGCCGGUGAACAUCAACGCUAGAACGAGCGGGGGCUACACUGCCCUCCACUUAGCAGCCAUGCACGGGCAUGUGGAGGUGGUGAAGUUACUAGUGGGGGCCUACGACGCGGACGUGGACAUCCGAGAUUACAGUGGGAAAAAGGCCUCCCAGUAUCUGAGUCAGAGCAUCACGGAGGAGAUUAAAAACUUGGUGGGAGCACUGGAUGAGGAGGACGGUGAGAGUGCCACUGUCAGCGGAGGUGGGCGUUGGAGACUUUCGAAGGUACUCCCGUCUCACCUCAUUACCUACAAACUUUCUCACGUCCUGGAGGAUGGCGUGGAUCAUCACCACCAUCACCACCACCACCAGGCUGAAGGCUGGCCUGGAGGAAAAACAAAAGAUCCAGGUCGCAAAUCCUCUGGCAGUUCUAGUGGAAGGAUAAAACCCCGACUCAACAAAAUUCGCUUCAGAACCCAAAUCAUCCACACCACACCCUCUUUUAGGGACCCGGAGCAGCCCUUGGAGGAAGGGGAGGAGGAGGAAGAGGAAAGGGCUCUUAAAGGCCACUCAUCCUCCUUCAAAUUGAGACCGAAAUCCAAUGUAUUUGGGUAAAAAUAAUAAUUUAAUACUAAGGUUUGUCUUCACUAUAAACAUUAGGGAUAGGUAAAGGUAGUGCCACUAGAAGUCCGAGGCCAAAUUCACUGGUGUAAGCUUUGGAAUGGGUGGGUGGGAAUUCCCUCAGAACUAGCUUUUUGGUUGUUGUUUUUUUUUUCCUGGGAAGUGAAUUGACCUGUGCCUCUUCCUCACUCAACUCUGGAGACCUGAAGUCGUUGUCCCAGGAGAGUAUAUCUGUUUAGACACUAGAAAUCUCAACCGCGGAGAAUUGAUGACUGAGAGUUCCUUUGCUUAACCAUUACUGAUACACUUAGUAUAAACAAAGUAACGGAUAUAGUACUUUUACAUAGCUGUUUUUCUAAGUAGUUACUUUUCCUAGAGCAAGGAGGGGAACAAGAGAGAGAGAGAAUGAAUUGUGAUGAAGCUUGCAGAUUUUAAGUGUGAACAAAACUGUGCUACUUUGUGUUUUUCCCCCACUAGUUGCAUUUGCUUUUUAAGGUACUACUGAAGGACAUCAAUUGAAAUGCAGAAGUACUAAUGAGAGCCGAGAGUAAUAAUGUGAAUAAUAUUGGAAUCCUGUUUGUAUUGUAAGUAGUUCAGUUGCCUUUUUUAUUUUAACUUACUGUAGUCACGGUACAUUACAAAUGAUGGUACAAGGCUUUAUUUAAAGAAACGAAUAGCAGCCUGUGGUACUUUUGCGUAAAAUAUUGCCUCUUGAUUGUCACUAGCUUGUUAUAAAAGUCUUAACUUUGCUAAGGUUUUUAUUCUAAGGAUCAUAUAAACCUUGGCUCUAUUUGGCAUAACUCUUAGGUGCUUAGAGUUAUUUAAUAGAAACCUUUGCUAGUUUAGACAAUUAGUGAAAAUUGACACAAAAAGUCAGCCUAUGCUUCUGUGAAGUAAUUAUUAAAUCAACUUAAUGAUUCUCAUGUAAGAGACUUUAAUUUUAUGAAUACAUUUAGUCUUACGUUUUGUAGCAACAUUUUGCAAGUGUUUUAUAUUCCAAACCUUUUAAUUUCCCCAUAUUUUUUUGAAUUCACUCAAGGAGCUAUGAUGUAGUUACUGAGAAGCUGGGUAGUAAGUCUGCCCAGUUAAAACUAGCACUUUAUAAGAGGGAUUAUGUCUAUAUUUAAAUGCUGCUAGCUAUUGAAUUUCUUUAUAUAAAUGAAAAAUGUCAUUAGAAACUUGUAUAGUGUGAUUCUUAGUUACAUUUCAUUCGUGGUAGAGUGACUUCAUAAUUAUUUUAAAAUGUAACUCACAAGCAUGUUAAAUCUUCUGUGAAAGAUGAGAAACUUUUAUAGGUGAAUAAUUUGAGUCCUGCCUUAUCUUUUUGGUCUAAAUUGCUGGGGUCUAAGUUGUUAUAAUCUUUAGGGUAGAUUUCACAGAGCCACAGCUUUUGAUUCAUAGAUCUUUAAUUUUCCAGCUAACAAAAUCUUAUAACAAGUUUGUCACGUCUCUAAAUGACAGUUAAAUUUGUUUUAACAUGAAUGAAGGUAUAUAAGCUAUUUUCCAUUGUGUGCCUUUUGUUUUAGGAUUUGUGUAUGUUUCAGACCAAAAAAUUCUGCUAAACAAUAAAUACUAAUCCUUUGUAACCAGUUGCAUAAAAAUCUAUCAUUUGUUAGAUCUUUAGAUACAAGUGUGUCAUUUAACUUGCAUUUCACACUAGAGGUGCCAAUUUUAUAACAAGCUGAUUUUCUUUUGGUCUUUUUUGUGGUGCUGGUUAUUGAACCAUUUGCCUUAAGUAUGCUGGUCAAGCUCUCUACCAUUCCAGCCACACCCUGCCCUUUUUUGUAAACCACUGUGCUGGCCUCACUCAAGUUCCUCCUGCCUCUACUUCUAGAGUAGCUGAGAUUUCAGCUGUGCAUUACCAUGCCUAGCACUAGGCUCCAGUUUUUCCAAUAAGAUGUUAAAUUUUUAAGUCAUUCCUAAGGUUAACUCCUAGCAUUCCUGGUCAUAACUUGCUAUGUGCAGUAAGUGUAACAUUUUCAACUGUGUAACUAUAAAUUUGUCUUGUUUUUUAUUUCUCAAAUCAAGAUUAUAAAAGUGAUGUAAGUAAUUUGAUAUUCAUAAAGUUGUGCCUAUUGGUAAUGAGAAUACAUAUGUCAAACACUUAUCUGUUAAUGGGCAUGAGACUAAUUUUAAAACAGAAGUAUUUCCGUGUGUUUCACAUAAGUACACUUGGAAUUGAUAAAUGGCGCUAUUUUUAUGGUUUGUCAAAUGAAAUGAGCCUAGUCUGGUACUACUUUAUUUAUGUCUGAAAUAAUGGAGUCUCGGUUGCCUUUUCUUUCACUGUUGUAAGUAAGUGAAAGUUUCAAAGUUUGAGAAUGUAGAAUCAGAUUGUAAAGUUCUUUUUUGUAAAAAUAAAAGGUUCACACU